CAUGUCGAGCACUUUGUCGCCGGAUUCCAAAACAGACUUCAUUUUUGGUAAACAUGAGGGCUGUUCCAACUUGGGUUGACAAAGUUCAAGACAGGGAUAAACUUGAACAAUGUAUCUGGGACCUGUGCUUUAGACCUGAUGGCAGCCAGUUAAUCGUCGCAGCUGGUAACCGAGUCUUGGUGUAUGACACAAAUGAUGGCACCCUAAUCCAACCGCUAAAAGGUCACAAGGACACUGUUUAUUGUGUAACAUAUGCAAGGGAUGGAAAACGGUUUGCCUCAGGAUCUGCUGAUAAAAGUGUCAUCAUCUGGACAAGUAAACUAGAAGGCAUUUUGAAAUACACUCAUAAUGAUGCAAUACAAUGUUUAUCCUACAACCCAUUAACCCACCAGCUAGCCAGUUGUGCUGUCAGUGACUUUGGGUUAUGGACAGCAGAACAGAAGAAUGUUUCUAAACAUAAAGUGAACAGUCGUAUCACCUGCUGCAGUUGGACCAAUGAUGGGCAGUAUCUGGCUCUAGGUCUCUACAAUGGACUAGUCAGCAUCCGCAACAAGAGUGGAGAGGAGAAAGUGAAGAUUGAACGUCCCAAUGCAGCAACAUCUCCUGUCUGGUCCCUACAGUGGAAUCCCAGCAGGGAUGAGACCUACGAUGUGUUAGCUGUAGCAGACUGGGGUCAGAGACUCUCCUUUUAUCAGUUGUCAGGGAAACAGAUUGGUAAGGACAGAAACCUUGGUUAUGAUCCCUGUACGGUCAGCUGGUUCUCCAAAGGAGAGUAUGUGGUGAUAGGGGGAGCCAACAAGCAAUGUACCCUCCAUACAAAGGAAGGGGUCAAGCUCGGAGUCAUUGGUGACCAGGCAUCAUGGGUUUGGGGAGCAGCGGUCAAACCAGAUUCAAACUAUGUGGCGGUCGGCUGCCAGGAUGGAACGAUAGGUUACUACCAGCUGAUAUUCAGCACUGUACAUGGACUGUAUAAGGACAGAUACGCCUACAGAGACAACAUGACGGAUGUUAUCAUACAACACCUCAUCACUGACCAGAAAGUAAGAAUCAAGUGUAGAGAUCUUGUGAAAAAAAUUGCUAUAUACAGACACAGACUAGCUGUCCAACUUCCAGACAAGAUUGUGAUAUACGAGUUAUACUCUGAUGAUGCAGCUGAUAUGCAUUAUAAAGUGAAGGAGAAGAUAAACAGGAAGUUUGACUGUAAUUUAUUGGUCGUCUGUUCACAAAACAUCAUUCUUUGUCAGGACAAGCGUCUCCAGAGCUUCUCCUUCCAGGGUAUUAAGGAAAAGGAAUGGGUGAUGGAAUCCCUUAUUAGGUACAUCAAGGUGAUAGGUGGGCCCCCAGGCCGUGAGGGGCUCCUUGUUGGCCUCAAGAAUGGACAGAUUAUGAAGAUUUUUGUGGACAAUCCAUUCCCCAUCAUGCUACUGAAACAGGCCACGUCUGUCCGGUGUCUGGAUGUAUCAGCCUCUCGCACCAAACUGGCGGUCGUGGAUGAACACAGCACCUGCCUGGUGUACGACAUUAACACCAAAGAACUCCUAUUCCAGGAGCCCAAUGCUAACAGUGUGGCAUGGAACACACACUACGAGGACAUGUUGUGUUUCUCUGGAAAUGGUCUCCUCAAUAUCAAAGCCAGCAACUUCCCUGUUCACCAACAGAAACUACAGGGUUUCGUGGUAGGUUUCAGUGGAUCCAAGAUAUUCUGUCUCCAUGUGUACUCCAUGUCCUCAGUAGACGUACCACAGUCAGCGUCCAUGUACCAGUAUUUGGAGAAAAAGUUUUUCAAGGAUGCAUACAAGGUUGCCUGCCUAGGAGUGACAGAUGGAGACUGGGAAGUGCUGGCCCAUGAGGCUCUUGAGGGACUGGACUUUGAUACAGCUAAGAAGGCUUUUAUCCGUAUCAGGGACCUACGCUACCUAGAGCUCAUCCACAAUAUAGAGGAAAGAAAGAAGCGAGGAGAACAAGACACCAUGGUGUUCCUAGGAGAUGUGUAUGGUUACCAGGGCAAGUUCCAUGAGGGAGCUAAACUCUACAAGAAAGCUAAUCACGAACACAAGGCCAUGAACAUGUAUACCGACCUCAGGAUGUUCGAGUAUGCAAAGGAGUACAUUGGUUCCGGUGAUCCACUUGACAAGAAAAUGCUGAUCACUAAGCAGGCGGACUGGGCAAAGAGUAGCAAUGAACCCAAGGCUGCUGCCGAGAUGUAUAUAUCUGCUGGCGAGUUCUGUAAGGCCAUAGACAUCAUUGGGGAUCAUGGAUGGGCUGACAUGAUGAUUGACGUUGCACGUAAACUGGACAAAGCUGACCGUGAAGCCUUGUCCCGAGCAGCAGCCCACCUGGCUAAGAUGGAGCAGUACCCAUACGCCGCUGAAGUGUACAGCAAGAUGGGUGACAUCAAGUCCCUGAUCAGCCUCCACGUAGAGGCCAAGCACUGGGACGAUGCAUUCACCCUGGUGGAGAAACAUCCGGAAUACAAGGAGGAAGUUUAUGUACCCUACGCCCAAUGGUUGGCUGAGAAUGACAAGUUUGAGGAGGCCCAACAAGCUUUCCACAAAGCAGGACUUCAGACAGAGGCUGUCAAGGUGCUGGAACAGUUAACACACAAUGCAGUUCUGGAGAGUCGGUUCAAUGAUGCUGGCUACUAUUUUUGGAAGCUGUCCAUGCAGUGUCUAGACAUAGCAAAAGAUGAUGAAGUAAUUGAUGAUCCAGAUAAGAAGGAGGAGAUGUUGAAUAAAUUCCACGACUACCAGCGUAAAGCUGACAUGUAUUACGCCUAUCAUUCCAUACAGAGAUAUACAGACGAACCCUUUACAUCACAUCUCCCAGAGGCAUUGUUUAACAUCUCUCGCUAUCUGCUCCAUAUGAUGCAGGAAAAUGUUCCUCAUGGCAUCUCCAAAGUUGGUACUCUGUAUGCCCUAGCCAAGCAGAGUAAGAACCUAGGAGCCUACAAACUGGCCCGCUAUGCCUAUGAGAAACUACAAUCCCUACGUGUUCCCUCUCGCUUCCUGGAAACUGUAGAUCUAGGCAGUAUCAUGAUCAGGUCCAAACCAUUCCAUGACGGAGAUGACCUGCUGCCUAUGUGCUACAGAUGUUCCACCACCAACCCACUCCUCAAUAACAAUGGCGACUGCUGUAUCAACUGUCGACAACCUUUCAUUCAUUCCUUUGUGUCAUUUGAGGUGCUGCCCCUAGUGGAAUUUGUACUGGAAGAUGGACUCACUGAUGAGGAGGCUGUGCUCGUCCUUGACCUUUCCAUACCCAAACAGAAGAAGGAGGAGAAGAACUGGCGAGAGAGUAGAAUGGGGCCAUCACAAACCCUACGACUUGGAGAUGACCCUCCAGAGGAUGAGGAUGACGAUCCCUUCACCGCUAAACUUAUGACAUUUGAGCAAGGAGGAACAGACUUUACCCCUGUGGUAGUAACCAAGUCUGUACUUCAGUCUAUGUCAAGGUCAGAGGUGUACAUACUGAAGUGGCCUAAACCUCUAAGAUACCAGUUUUUCCGGUCUCUACUGCCCGAUGUCACUAUCACCCAGUGUCAUUCCUGUCAGAAGCUUUUCCACACCGACGACUUUGAGCUGCAGUACCUUCAGAAAGGAAGCUGUCCAUUCUGUCGAGGAGCAAUGGAAGACUGAGUGUGUCAUAGGAAGGAAAUGGGUCCAUUCUAUCUAGGUGUGAACAAAGAACACAUGUCUUUGGUUAUAAUUAGAGAACUUAUGAUCAAACAUCUGUUCCAUCAGGGAGACGUAAAUAACAGUGAGCUCCACCACAGACAGACAAAGGAACACUGUCCAUUCUGUUACUAGUGUGUUUCAGUACAGGGAUUUCUAUGUAGAAAAUCUCACCUUAUCUUAUGAACGAAAUCCAGCAUGUUUGCUUUGCUUUGCUGACUUUCAAACUUCACACAUUCCUUUAACUUCUCAUCCGUCCAAGGAAGCCACUUUUUAUAGUAGAAAGAUAUCUUUUAUAUUUUGUGUUUUAUUGGGAGGUUUUUACCAAUUCUAUUUUGUAUGAAGUUAUCUGUUAACCUUAACGCUCUGUUAAAUUGGCAGUGGCCUUUGAAACUGUUGUAAUAACCCUUCUGUUAGAGAUUUAUUUAACAGAUAUUGAUUUUACACUUUAUACAGUUACAUUUUGCAGAUUGAAGUAAUUAUAUAAAGUAAUGUUUUCAAUGUAAUUCUGUGUAAACAAAAUUUAAAAUCAAAUAUACACAUGUAUAAUUACAUGUAUAUGUAACUUGGUGUACAGUCACUGUGGAACCUUACUUCCAGCUGUUUCUGCAAAAUAUUUCACAAUUAUUGAGGACAGAUAUCCCAACAGCCUCAAAUAACAAAUUCACUGACGUUUCAGCGAAUAUUUAUAUUAAAGGAAGAACAAUGUAGACUACUCACUGGAGUAUAUUGGGAAUAUUGGUUGUAUACAUAUCAUUUACCUGUGAUUCAUUGUUCAAAUAUGGGGACAAAUUAUAUCAGUCAGCAAUCUAUAAUUAGCAGAUGUUGUUAGUGCUUCAGUCAGUUGUUUAUGUAUCAUUUUACUGUGAUUCCAUGU